UGUACGUGUACGAGGGUGCGUAUAUAUAUGUAUAUACAAGCUUAGACUAAAAGUCAUUGCCAUUGAUCAGAUUUCACAAAGUUUUUCAUUUUUUUUUGUUCCUCACUGUAAAACCCAUUUAAAAAAAAAUGAAAAGCCAUAUGUUCUGUGCAUCGCAGGCAUCGACUGAUAUAUGUUUGAGCAUGGAUCAGAUUCACAAACCCACAUCCGCCUCUGCCAGCGCCGGCGCCUCAGUCUCCGGCGAAGAAAGCGGCGGCGGCGGCGGCGGCGGCGGCGGAGGACGAGCCAUCGACCGCCACAACCCAAUCAUCAAGGAAGGUAGCCGGAGAUCGUUCGCCGUCGCACCAUGCUCCUCCGUCCCCUACCGUCUCCGCCAAAUUUCCAAAAUGCCCUCCUCCGACGCCGGCGGUAACAUGAAGAGCUCCGCCGGCCGGAGAAGCAGCUCGUUGUUGAAGCUCAUCGCCGGUGACAUGAGUUUGGCGAGGAAGAGUUUCAGCUGCGGGAGAAGUGCUGCUGUUCAUGGUUCUUCGAGGUAUCUUUUGGGUUCAGAUCCGGGCACUGUUUCCGGGUCACCGGUUCCCGACCCGCUUUACGAACCUUCUGAAAGAAGGAGAGGGUUUGAGGAUGCUGUUGAACAAAUAGAAACAGAGAAGGCGGCUUUCUCUUCUUCGGACCAGGUUGUCGUUCUGAGAGUGUCUCUCCAUUGCAAAGGCUGCGAAGGAAAAGUGAGGAAACACCUAUCCAGAAUGCGAGGUGUGAAAUCCUUCAGCAUAGAUUUCCCUUCAAAGAGAGUGACAGUGACAGGAGACAUCACUCCCUCGGAGGCCUUAGCAAGCAUUUCAAAAGUCAAAAAUGCCCAAUUCUGGACACCACAACAAACAAUCCCUUCAUCAUCACUCCCGAGGGCAAAUCUGGAAAUUCCGCGGCAGUAGAGAAUGGUCUCCCUGUCAACUCUGUACAAUAGCAUCUAUGGUGGUAAAGGUUGCAACUUUCUGCUCCUUUCUCCAUUUACGCCUCUGGGUCUUUGAUGUUCAAUGUUCAUCAAGAAAGACAAAAACUUUCUGACUUUAGGCAUGCCCGAUGAUGAUGAUGUCCAUGAUCAUUGAUCAUGAUGAUGUUUGAUCCA